UAUGCUACAACUUCUUAAACCCAUGACCACAAAUUCACCGACAAUUACAUCGACAAAAGCAACGACAGUAACCGAAUCACCUAAAUCAGUAUAUUGGGCAAACCUUUUAUUAUUAGGUUAG